UUCAGGUGAAAAAUGCAGUCGGGAUUAUUGAAAGGUUGUGGGGUCCAGUGGAAAUUCUAGUGGACAAUGGCAACUGCAUGUAUUAUCAGGUGAUGAAGAACGGCGACGUUGCCAAGUGGUGCAAGAUGGAAGAUGUGAAUGGCAAGGGAUCGCUCAAUUGUCUGGCAGCUGUUGUUGGAGGCAUGGCUGAGAGGAAAAGUGGCCGCAUUGUCAAUAUCACAUCAGAUGCUGGCAAAGUUGUGAUGGAAAAAUUUGAUUUUUCUAGUAGUGUGGAGACUCUGAACCCAUCAGAUGUGGCUAAUGCAGUGUUAUCUGCCCUCAAGCAGCCAUUUUCAUGUUCAAUAUUGAAGUAAUCAACAGGCACCUACUCAAUAUUUCAUUUCUAUUGGCACAUUAUUCAUAACAAUACUUUAUACUAGUGAUUUCCACCAAGGAUCUAUAAAUAUUAUAAUUAUAAUUAUAUCUAAGGUGAAGUACUUUUCCUUUCACAUAUACCAAUAAGUUUUGUCAUCCGAUAAUAGUAUUGGAACUUUUCUUUGUUUCCGACUAGUUUUUCCAAUUUAUUUUUAUUGAUUGUUACAUGCGUAUAAAUAUUUGUAUUUAUUGUUUAUUUUGACAUGAUUCAAAUCACAAAUUGUUGAUUUAAGUACCGUAUUGUGUAGAAGUAGAGGUAGAAAUUGUUGAAAUACCUG